AUGUCCUCGACAGAAGUGAUCUUUCCGGUGUGGCGUCUUGACGAUAACAGUCCGCCUUGCGUCUUCCGCUACGAUGCCGGCCCCACUGCUUCGAAGGCUCCGAAGAAAAGAGGCAGGCCGAAAGGUAGUACAAAGCAGCCUGUCGCAUUAAAGAAAAUUGGUCAACCAGCGCGAUCGGGUCCAAGUCUCCAAAACAAGUUCCAUUUUAUCCAGGUGGAUGGCCCCUCUGGUCUUGCCGAUGCUGGCCAUCGAAAGACCAUAAGAAGAGAGGUCAUGAUCAAUCAUAUCUACCGUGAUACGAAACUGAUUCAUAGAGGAAAAGGUUCCUCAGCAUCGGUCGUUCGGGAUCCGUGUUCGCAGAUCGGGGGUGUGGAUCCGUUUAACACAUUACCUAUCCAUUUCGAGCCAUAUAUGCAUGACCUUUUAAAGUACUACAUUACUGAGGGAUGGCAGAAGUACUACUCUAUUGAACGACAAACCACAUUCAACCCCAUCACAGAGUACUGGCUUUCUCUAUUUAUGGAAGACGAUGCAUUUUUGCAUACAAUUUUGGGAUGUGCGAAUUCUCAUUACACGCCUGCUGGAAUAGACUAUGAUUCUCUCGCGACGGUUAAACAUUUGAAUGCUGCAAUCGCAAUAGUGAACAGACGCAUUCAAAAUGAUGAAGUUCCUACUGAUGCAACUCUCGUCGUUAUCUCCACUAUGGCGCUUAUAGAGAAACGUCGCGGCUAUGAGGAUCAUUGGAGUAUCCAUAUGAAAGGACUGCAAAAGUUAAUCGGUCUUCGCGGCGGUUUGAGCUCGCUGAAGUCACAGCCUCUCGCAAUGGGAAAACUAUAUCGUGCGGAUCUAGUGGGCUCCAUAGAUGCGGUUCAGACUCCAUACUUCUCCAAUCCUGGCAUUUUAAUUUCCGUGGAUCCACAAAUCGACUCCCUCAGCAUUGGCUUCCAAAGACUAAACGAUAUCAAUCCAUUGGGCGAUACUUUAGUCUCGUGUAUUCAAACUACAGCCAGCAUCAAAGUGUCAUUAAAGAAACUGAACAAGACAAGUGAUCUUACUGAAGCAGCUACAGCUCGCUACUGGACAACAGCGACACAAUACACGUUGCUCUCAACAACAUAUUCGAAUCCGAUUCUUGAAAUGUGCCGACUCGCCUUACUUCUGUUUACAGAAGAGUUGGUGAAUCAAAGUGUGCCAUUUCUUUUCACAUACGAAACUUUGAUAGGGAAGCUUUUAGUUAUUUAUGCAUCUUCUGCGUCUUCUGCGUCUUCUGCGCCAGAGUCAAUAUCUCAUUCAGUGGGAUGCUAUCUUCCACCGGAUCUGAGGCUUUGGGCAUUUCUUCUUGCUGUGAACUGCACGACUGUGGAAUUGACGCGCAAAGUCUGCCUUGGUAUUGUUGCUGGCGCUUUGCUAGAGAUGGGGAUAAGCGAUGACAAAGCUCUACGAUUCACUCUUGAAGAACUUUUAUGGGAUUCUGCCCUCGAGCAGGAUAAAUCAUUAGAUAUCUGGUCAGAUAUGCAACAGGAUGAAUAUGAAAACCAUAGAUUUGAUUACUAG